AUGUCGUUAAAAGCUCCAACGAUUAUCAACCCCACCAGUCACUCAGCCUAUGUCUUGGCACGGGCUACUACCGAUACUUCGAAUUGCACUAAGAUUACGCCUGAGUGUCCUGUAGAGCUUACAACAUAUGGUUAUUAUCCCAACCUUGGCGGCAAUACCUUCUUUCUUAUAUUCUUCCUAUUCCUAUUUAUCGCCCAGGUCUAUCUUGGAAAACGCAACAAGACAUGGUCUUACACCUUAGCCCUCUCUACUGGCACUUUGUUUGAAGUACUUGGAUAUAUUGGCCGCUUGAUUAUGCAUAAAAAUCCUUGGUCAUCAGGUGGCUUUAUUAUACAAAUGCUUUUCCUUAUUGUUGGGCCCUGCUUUAUCGCCGCGUCUAUUUAUCUCACCUUGAAGCAUUUUAUUACAUACUGUGGGCCACAAUAUUCUCCUCUCAGACCCACUCUUUACCCUUGGCUAUUCGUCGGUUGCGAUGUUGGAUCGAUUGUCCUUCAAGCUAUUGGUGGCGGUGUCGCGUCUGCUGGGACAGGUGGUGGCAAAAACAGUAUUGCUCAGCUCGGCAAUCACAUAAUGGUCGCUGGUAUUGUUUUCCAGGUCGUCACGAUGGGCAUUUGUGGUGCUUUGCUUGCUAUCUACAUCUUCCGAUACCAAACAAACAAAAGAGGGAAGCAACAGCCUCAGAGCAGAAGCCCUUACGAUGAAAGCAAGGCCAACGGAACAGUAUCGCGCCCGAAACUCAAGGCCUUCGCCGUGGUUCUCAUUGCUGCAUAUUUCUUCGUCCUCAUCCGCUGUAUUUACAGAAUACCGGAACUGGCCGGUGGUUGGGGAAAUUCUCUCAUGCGUAUCGAGAAAGAGUUCCUUAUACUAGACGGAAUGAUGAUGGCACUUGCCACUUUGCUCCUCACCGUGUUCUAUCCCUCGUAUUACUUUCCUCCUUUCGCCGCAUUCCGCAUCGACAAACAUUCCUCUCUUUCUUCAGACCAGAUCCCCUUGUAA